CUCUUUCGCUCCUCUUCUUCCUCAGCUCUGUCUCUCUGUUUCUCUCAUCAACAAUUAGCAGUAUCUGUUCAUCACAAGGAGCGAAAAUAGUUUCGAUUUCCCACCUCCUUUUGGCUCCGUUGCUGAUUGAUCUCUACAGAAGAAUGGGCACAGAGAUGGCCACUGUGGAGGUGGAGGGCAUCCCAUUUCCUCAGGAGAUCACCGGCACCAAGCCACUGUCAUUCCUUGCUCAUGGCGUGACAGACAUCGAGAUCCAUUUCCUUCAGAUCAAAUAUAACGCCAUUGGGGUGUAUCUCGACAAGGAGAGUGUACUAGGGCAUUUGGAGAGUUGGAAGGGCAAGAAGGCCGAGGAGCUUGUGCAAGAUGAUGGCUUCUUUCAGGCCCUUGUUUCUGCUCCUGUGGAAAAACUGUUCAGGAUCGUGGUGAUCAAGGAGAUCAAAGGAUCGCAGUAUGGCGUGCAGCUGGAGAGCUCUGUGCGCGACCGUCUGGUGGCAGUGGACAAGUUCGAGGAGGAGGAAGAAGAGGCGCUGGAGAAGGUGACUGAAUUCUUCCAGUAUAAGUAUUUCAAGCCCAACUCUGUCCUCACCUUCCACUUCCCUACCACUCCUGGAAUUGCAGAGAUAUCAUUUGUGACAGAAGGCAAGAGCGAGGCGAAACUGACAGUGGAUAACAACAAUGUGGCUGAGAUGAUUCAGAAAUGGUACCUUGGUGGGGAGUCUGCAGUUUCCCCUACGACUGUCAAGAGUCUGGCAGAUCAAUUCGCACCACUGCUCUCCGCAUGAAGCUAGGAGUAAUAAAACAAUGUUGCUUGAUUACUUCCAUGUGAAAUUCAAUCAUAAAAUGCUUAAUUGAUCCAGCUCCUUUGGUUUGUGUGUUACAAACAAGAUUAGUUUUCCAACUACUUUAAAUGCAUAAUUUACUUGCUGAAAAACAGAGGAAACAGACUCCUAUAAACAUGUCCAAGACCAAAAAAAUAGAGAGAAUAGAUUACAUUGUUUCAAGUUUACUUCUGAAUGUGGUGCAAGCAACAGCAACACAAGACAGUGAUAGGAGUGGAAGUAGGAAUUUGUUUAUGUGCUACCCACUCUGCGAAUUAAGCCUACUGGUUCCGAAUUGUAUUUUGAUCUUGCAAAAUGAAGAUGGAAAAUGAUACCCGAAUAUCUGAGAGCAACAUCAUGCCAGAAA